CAGAUGAUGCUGCUCCAGAUGAUGAUGCUCCAGAUGAUGAUGCUCCAGAUGAUACUGCUCCAGAUGAUACUGCUCCAGAUGAUACUGCUCCAGUUGAUGCUUCCCAAGAUAUUGCUUUCGAAAACGAUGUUCCUCAAGGUCAUACUCCUGAAAUUGGUGCUGCCUCAGAUCGUAAUGUGGAAAUGGAUGAUCAGUACGAUAGCGAUGACGAUCUACAAGGACAUGAGAUUAGAAAAUUAUCAUCCGCAGAAUAUUACACACGUGCCGGCUUCAAAAGAACUGUUAACAGAAUCAAUAACGAAAAGUCGGAAGAAGUUCGAACAGCUGAAGCCGCGAUUACAACCAACAGAACAACAAGCAUGACUGGCAUUACUGAUUAUAUCAACUCCACCUUGGAAGCUUUAGAAGUACUAACAGCAUUUUAUGGUCAAGAAAAUCUACAAGGCCUUAAGCUCUUGAACUAUCAAGGGAGACAGAAGAUGGAUGAGGAGCUAAUAAAUAUCUUUAUCAACGGAGGAACGAAGUACAAAGAUAAACCUGGUGCCGAAGAAAGACUGGAAAUUCGUACCCAUGGCAACUAUGAAAGAAGACGAAGAAGACGAAGAACGACAACAAGAACUGACAAUGGAAACACUGAUGUACAACCUCGUACCAUUAAAACCAAGAAAUGGAAAAAGGCACCAAUCAAUAACGAUAGCAGCAAAGUUCCGGUCGUGGUGUUCGGUGACGCAAGAUUUGGGAGAAACAACAAAGGCGCUGGCGCUUUAGCUGACAAAUGUAGACGUUUAUUAAAGAAGGCAGACAACGCUGGCCGUUUGGUACAUAUCAACAUGGACGAAUAUUUAACUUCACAAAUAUGUUCAAAGUGUGGAUGUAGAUCUCUUUCCAAUGACAUCAUUACUGGUCCUGAAGACGAAUCGAAACGCAUGUAUACAGUGCUGACGUGCACUCGUUGCAACACUGUAUGGCUACUUCUUGAUAUCUCAGAGUACAGUUUAACUAUAUGGCGGAGAAAUAAAAAUUGAAACAAUGGAGGAUGUACAGAUGGAUGAAUGGAAAAAAAUAGUGGUUAAUAUAAAUAAAACAUCAUAAAGAUUCAUUUUUUUUUUAACUUACACAACUGCAACCAUCAACAUGUAUUUGAUACAUGGAUAAAUCAUCA